UUUGUCUUUACCCUCCCUACCUUCCCUCGCAAAUUUCCGAAGUAGAUUCCUUUCCCAACUGACAAAACUGAAACUGAAAACCCAUCUCUCUCUCUCUCUCUCUCUCUCAAACCCUAACCUCAUCAGUCAUGGCAGAAGAAGCAUCCACCUUUCUUUCAACACAGAGAUAUGCAGUUGUGACAGGAGCAAACAGAGGAAUGGGAUUGGAAAUAUGCAGGCAGUUAGCUUCAAAUGGGGUGAUGGUUGUGCUAACUGCAAGAGAUGAGAAGAAGGGUAUUGAAGCUCUCGAAAAACUCAAAGAGAAUGGUCUCUCUCAUCUUGUGGUCUUUCAUCAGCUUGAUCUGUUGGACCCAUCUACUAUUUCUUCACUUGCUGAUUUCAUCAAAACCCAAUUUGGAAGGCUUGAUAUAUUGGUGAACAAUGCAGCAAUUGGUGGGAUCACAGUUGAUACUGAAGCUCUUAAAGCUUCAGAAGGGAGAGAAGGAAUAGAAAUCGAUUGGAAAGCGAUUACAAAUCAAACUUACAGCAUGGGUGAGAAGUGCUUGGAAACAAACUAUUUUGGUGCUAAAAGAAUUAUUCAAGCUCUUCUUCCUCUUCUACUCUUAUCUGAUUCACCAAGGAUCGUUAACGUUUCCUCCACUGCCGGGAAGCUACAGUAUGUAUCCAAUGAAUGGGCUGUAGGAGUUCUAAGUGAUGCAGAAAACCUCACUGAACACAACGUGGAUGAAAUACUGACUGAGUUCAUGAAAGAUUUCAAAGAAGAUCAGUUAGAAUCCAAGAACUGGCCUACUUAUCUCUCAGCAUACAUCUUAUCGAAAGCGGCCAUGAAUGCCUACACGAGGAUACUGGCGAAGACACAUUCACACUUGAUGAUUAACUGUGUCUGCCCCGGCUAUGUCAAAACUAACAGUUAUGCCGGUCUCUUGACUGUUGAAGAAGGUGCUUCAAGUCCUGUGAGACUUGCUCUAUUGCCUCAGGGUGGGCCUUCUGGCGUGUUUUUCUCUCAAAAAGAAGUUUCAUCUUUCUCUCCAAUUCUAAUCUCAUCAACCAUGGCAGAAGCAUCCACUUUUCUUGCAACAAGGAGGUAUGCAGUUGUGACAGGAGCAAAUAGAGGGAUGGGGUUUGAAAUAUGUAGGCAGCUAGCUUCAAAAGGAGUCAUGGUGGUGAUGACUGCAAGAGAUGAGAAAAAGGGCAUAGAAGCACUUGAAAAAUUCAAGGAGUUUGGUCUUUCUGAGCUUGUAAUGUUUCAUCAGCUUGAUGUGGUUGAUCCCUCUAGUGUUGCUUCCCUUGCUCAUUUCAUCAAGAUCCAAUUUGGAAAACUCGACAUACUAGUGAAUAAUGCUGCGAUUACCGGAAUCAUAGUGGAUAGUGAUUUUGUAAGAUUAACAGAGAUUGAUUUGAAAGCAGCAAAACUCAAAUGGGUUCAUCACUUAAUGACUCAGACUUACAGCUUGGGUGAAGAAUGCUUAGAAAUAAACUACUAUGGGGUGAAACGAAUGAUCGAAGCACUCAUCCCUCUCCUCGACUUCUCUGAUUCACCCAGGAUUGUUAACGUCUCAUCCAGCUCUGGCAAGUUAAAGUUUUUACCCAAUGAAUGGGCGAAAGGAGUGUUUCUUGAUGACGAAAGCCUUACAGAAGAGAGAAUAGAGGCAGUGUUGAACAAGUUUAUGAAGGAUUUCAAGGAGGGUGAAUUAGAAGCCAAUUGUUGGCCUUCUUCUUUAUCCGCGUACACCUUAGCGAAAGCAUCCCUAAAUGCCUACACGAAAAUAUUGGCCAAGAGACACAAGCAAUUCAUUGUUAACUCUGUCUGUCCCGGCUAUGUGAAAACAGACAUGAAUUGCAAUACUGGCAAUUUAACUGUCGAAGAAGGCGGUGAAAACAUUGUGAGACUUGCUCUGUUGCCUGAGGACGGGCCUUCUGGCUUGUUUUUCUUUCAAAAGGAAGUGUCCCCUUUGUGAUGAAACUCAAAAUCUUGCUGAUAAGUGUAAAAGUACUUUCUCUGUUUACUUUAUUUCUCUGUUUUUAUAGUCAAUAAAAGAGCAAAUUUUGUGUUUUUAUUUUUUGGAAAA